AUGCUCGCCCUCCUCAAAGCCACAAUCAUCGCCCUAAUCAGCGCCUCAACCGCCCUCCCCACGUCCACCAACCCUCAAACCCGCAGCAUCGCCCCAAACGCCCAAAGCUGCACCGCCAAAAGCUGCGGCCCCAUCGUCCACUACAAAAUCAACAUCGGCAUUCCAUACAACGAAGACUCCUGCGACGCCGUCAGCAACAAGCUGUACUCCAACGGCGCCGAACAAGUCUUCUCCUCCUAUAUGUGCGACCAGAUCGAGGAGGGGUUCACCGAGGUGAAGUUCAACUACCUGAUGAACAAGGCCGGUAAGAUCAAUGAGGCGAUGGGGCGUGCUUUUCCGGAGGUCAAUGGGUUUAAUUGUCCUGAUUAUUGA